UCCGGCUCCCGCCGCGGCUCUGGCUCCGGCUCUGUUCGGCUGGGCUCCACCAUGGAGGCGCUGCGGGCAGCGGGACGGGCUGUCUUGCGGAGCCCGCGCCUCGCCCGGCACGGCCUGGGGCUCCGCCGGCGGCGCAAGCUCCCUGAGAGCUGGGCUGAUAUGCAGGAGCCACUGCUUGAGGGGAUGUGCUUCACGCUCAAGUACCUGGGUAUGACGCUGGUAGAGAAACCCAAAGGAGAGGACAUGGCAGCUGCUGCCAUCCGCCGGAUUGUUGCAAUGGCACGGGUGGGAGCUAGGAAGUUCCAGAAGGUGAUUCUGACAGUGUCCCCGAGGGGCAUUUCACUGCAGGAUGCAGAAACAAAAGAGAUGGUUGAGAACAUCUCCAUCUACAGGAUCUCCUACUGCACAACAGACAAGCUGCAGAACAAGGUCUUUGCUUAUGUUGCCCAGAGCCAGGAGAGUGGGGCCCUGGAGUGCCAUGCCUUCCUCUCACCCAAGAAGAAGAUUGCCCAGGCUGUGACUCUGACUGUGGCCCAGGCCUUCCAGAUGGCGCUGGAUCUCUGGGAAGCAGCACAUACAGGCUCUAGGCAGGAACAGCCCCUUCACCCUUCAUGUGCUUUGGAGAGCAGUGAGCCCAGCAGAGCAAGUGAGCCAGCCCCUCUCAGGAGCUCUCCCUUCAGACACCAGUUUGGGGAGGAGGAAGAGGAGGAGGAAGACGACAACCUUGAUGAAGCUUUAUCUGGCUGCGUGGAGGAGCUGGGGAGGGAACCCUAUAGCCCAGCAGCACAGCAGACAGACUAGCCAGGCCAUAUGCUCUGGGCUGUCACCGUGUGCAGUGGUGGCUGCAAAUCCUCAUCAUAACCUACUGGCUCAAGCUCCUACAGUGACUCCAUGGACUCAAUGGGAAGGAGGAUGCCAAGCCUGUAUCUGUAUUCCUCUGCACCUUCUGAGCCUCACCUUCUUUGCAGACUACACAUCAUGUUCCUGUACCAACCUGCUGAGACAUUGCUCACAGCACUUACCUGCCCACAUGAGCAGCACAGCCACAAUGAUGAUAAUCUCGCCUGUCUGCAGCUGCCUAUCCUUGUCCAGCCCUUCCAUGGUGAUGUCACCUGUGGCAAAGAGCACACAGCAGGGUUGGCAGCAGUCACCCUCCCACCAAGACCAGCUCAUGGACUAGCAAUAUACAAGGGUCUGUGAAGGAGCCUCCGAUGAUGGAGGCCCACCUCCCACACCCCCAGAUAAGGUGCAACAUGAUACCUUGCCUGGGGAGAGGACGUGCAGCAUGAGGCUGACAUGUCAGACAAACCAUUCUCCCUGCCAAAGGAUGUCAGGGUUCCUGAAAGUUUGUGAAAGUUCAAAUGAGGACUGCACAACACAUGGAGAGCUUACUCACUAUUUAGGGACUAGAGCAGGCUGGGAAGGCCCUGAGUUGAAAACAAUAUUGUGGAAAG